AUGACUGCUUCUGAACAUCUGAAUGUUUUCAAGGGCCCUGAGUCGGUUCGCAACUACUUCGAUCCUGAACAAUCACCACCUUUGCCCCUUGUUGAAAUCCCUGAUAGCCUCAACCCAUACCGUCAAGAUGGUGUCCGAAUCUAUGCUAAGAUGAUGACCAUGCAUCCUGCAACAAAUGUCAAGGUGAUGCCAGAAAAGGGUGUGGAGCCCGGCAAGACGAAGACAAUCGUCGAGAGCAGCUCAGGUUCAACUGUCAUCUCAAUGGCCAUGGUCGCUCGCGCUUUUCACGGCAUCGACGACGUCCACGCUUAUCUGAGCAACAAGACAAGUGAGACAAAGUUGCGCAUGAUGCAGUUCUUUGGCCUCAACGUGACUCUAUUUGGUGGACCUGCUCAGCCUACACCUGUCGAUGAGCGAGGUGGCAUUCGGGCUGCGGCUCGAAAGGACGCAGAAUCUGAGUCUGUGUGCAGUCCCAAUCAAUACAUCAACGCCGAUAAUUGGAAAGCUCAUGUGCGAUGGACUGGUCCUCAGAUCCACCGUCAGCUCCCCGAGAUCAAUGUGAUUGCUGCCUCAAUGGGCACCGCUGGUACUAUGACCGGACUGGGCACUUAUUUCAAGAAGGCCAAACCUUCGGUGUACAGAAUUGCUGUAUGCACCAACGCUGGAGAACGUGUCCCUGGCCCUCGAGAAUACUCGUUAAUGAGUGAGGUCGAGUUCCCAUACCUCUCAUCUCACGAUGCUCUCGAGGAAGUCGGCGCGCCAGACUCAUACUCUCUUUCAUUGGACCUUACUCGACAGGGUAUUGUCUGUGGUCCCUCAUCGGGCUUCACUCUGAAAGGAUUGUUCCAACGUAUUGAGAAACAUAAGCAGGAGGGUACGCUAUCGAAUCUCGCUGGCCCUGAUGGCGAGAUUCACUGUGUUUUUAUGUGUUGUGAUCUACCCUUCCAAUACUUGAAUGAGUAUUUCCAGAACCUGGGCCCUGAGAAGUUCAGCCCUCUUCGCAAUGAGCGUUUGAGGAACGUUGAUCUUUACCGAUACGACGAUGCCUGGGAGCUCGACUCUUUGACGGCUUUGUCUAACUACUUCACCAUUCACCCUCUGGGUACUCAUGAUACCGUUUUGUCACUCGCAGACCAAAUCGACAAGGCUCUGACACCUUCGGUCAAUACCCAGAUUCUCGAUUUCCGAUGUUCGUCAGACUAUGAUGCUUUCCAUCUCCCCAACUCGGUCAGCAUACCCCUCGACGCACUUCGAAAUGGACCCUCCAGCGGUAGUCCUUUUGCCAACCCAGCCGAUGACUGCGCCAUGCUCGAGCAGCUCUGGCUAGAGCUUGAGAGCCUCUUCAACGUUAAGGACAAGGCUGGCAACCGAAAUGCUAGCGCUGAGGCUCUCAUGUCUAUCCUUCGAGGAAAGAGAGUCUUGACACUUUGCUACGAUGGUGACAGCUCUCGUGUUGCCAACAGUGUCCUUCGUGCCAAGGGCGUUGAGGCAGAGUGCAUCCGUGGUGGCUACAGUGCUCUCGUGAAGUUGCAGAUGCCAUGUAAUGGCACCUGCGCGGUUGUGUCUGUUCCCGUUUCUGUCGAGGUCUGA